AUGAAUGUAACAGAUAGGAGAAGAGUUUUGGCUCCGGGAAACAUUUCAUUUCCUUCGUUGGGUAUAUCUUCAGACGGAAAGGCUGAAGCUAUCAAAACGGGGCCAAAUGAUAAAGAAAGGAAAAUGUUUUUGAAAAGAGGAUUUAUUGAAAAUGCAAAUGGAUCUGCAUACUUAGAAAUUGGAAAGACUAUUAUUGAAGUUUCAGUUUAUGGACCUAGGCCUAUAAAGGGCUCCUUUGUUGAAAGGGCUUCAUUUUCGGUGGAGACUAAAUUUUUGCCCUAUCUACCACAACCUGAAGAAUCUGUAUUUAAUGGCGAACAGCUGGGAACUUCAGGAAAGACACAUAACUCUAGUUUUACAAAUGUUGAGCAAAAGGUUUCCAAUUAUGUCGAAACUUCUUUAUUACCUACAUUAAUGUUGAAUAGAUAUCCUAAAUCAACGAUUGAUUUAUUCAUUAAUGUGAUUUCAACAGAGGAUAACAUAUUGUUGACUAAUUUGUUAAGUUGGAUCGUUAAUUGCUCCUCAAUAGCCUUAGUAGAUGCAGAGAUAGAGAUGAAGGAUAUAGUAACUAGUGGGCAGGCUCUCUUAAAGCUACAAUCUAAUGAAAUUUUGAAUGAUCACGUCCAAAAAACUGAUGAUUUUGACUCAGUCGAGUGUAUCAUCAGUUUCAUGAAUUUGCGAAAUGACGAGAUAGUAGGAUUGCUAUUUGAAGGAUCUCAUGUUGAGCUCGAUGAAGGCAUGAUAAGUAAGCUAAUCGAUACUUGCAAUGAGACGGCUAAGCAAAUUAGAAGUAAUAUAAACUUUUUUUUAAUGGAAGACUCUAAUUGA